UAAUGUCAUUAUAUUGUUAAGUGUGUAACACAUAUCCUCUCCUUAUAUUAGUUGUAAUCAGCUCUAAUUGCAUUAUUGUGAUAAACAAAUUCCCUACAUUUAUAAAAUUGGUGGGUGUGGGCACAAGCAUGGAAGAAAGCAAUCAACAAUCGCCACCUUUCUUUGAUAAUAUUGAUAUCAAUGCAAGCGACCAAGACAAGAGUUUUGAGUCGGCCGUACAACAGUCCGAUUCGAAAUCCUCAACAAUGGAAGAUGUGGCGACCGAAGAGAUGAGUGACCAAUUCAUCGAAAUAACUGUGUCGGAACCUCACAAAGUUGGUGAGGGUAUGGGUUCAUACAUUGCCUAUAAAGUAACUUCACGUUCCAGCAUUCCAGCUUUCAAGAAUAAAGAAUUUAGCGUAUUACGUCGAUUCAGUGACUUUCUAGGCUUGUACGAUUUGCUGGUGGAGAAGUAUUUACGACGAGGCAGGAUAAUACCACCGGCACCGCAAAAAAAUUUGAUUGGUAAACCGAGGUCAGGGCGUUCCUUGCGCACAGAAUCGUCUAACAUUUCAUUUCCAGGCACAACUAAAGUCAAAAUGGGCAGCCAAACGCCAAGUGAAUCGGGUGCUGGUGCCGGAAUGGAAUGGCUGGAAAACCGUCGAGCUGCUCUGGAACGAUUCUUGCGUCGAACCGCUAAGCAUCCGAUACUGUGCAUUGAUCCGGAUUUUAUAAAUUUCCUGCAAAGUGACGAAGAGCUGCCGAAAUCGGUAAAUACGGCAGCGUUGAGCGGUGCAGGCGUAAUGAGAUUGUUUAACAAAGUGGGAGAGACGAUGAACAAAAUUACGUACAAAAUGGAUGAGAACGAUUCGUGGUUCGAGAACAAAAUCAUUGAAAUCGAAAAUCUUGACGCGCACAUCCAGAAAUUACAUUCCGCCAUCAAGGCGUUAGUCAUUUACAGAAAGGAAUUGUCUUCGUUGACGGGAUUAGUUGCUAAAUCGGCAGCGGUGUUGAGCACUUGCGAAGAACAUACAGGACUCUCUCGAGCAUUGUCUCAAUUAGCGGAUGUUGAGGAAAAAACUGAAUUGCUGCGAUCUGAGCAAGCGAAUUCCGAUCUCUAUAUACUGUCCGAAACAUUGAAGGAUUACAUCGGAUUGUUCGGUGCUAUAAAGGAUGUGUUUCGUGAACGGGUCAAGGUUUUCCAAAGUUGGGAAAACGCUCAACUUCAACUAACCAAACGUCGUGAAAACAAAACUCGAAUGGAAUUGGCUGGCCGUAACGACAAAGUGGAUCAAUUCGACAAAGAGGUGGAAGAGUGGGAGGCGAAAGUCCAACGGUGUCAGAAGGAAUUCGAAGAAAUCUCAGCCGAAAUAAAGAAGGAAACCGAACGCUUCGAAAUCGAUCGUGUUCGUGAUUUCAAAGCGACUAUCAUCAAAUAUCUGCAAGAUCAAAUGGCUCACCAGCAACAGGUGGUCAAAUAUUGGGAUGCAUUCGGGAUCAAUGCCAAAGAGAUAAAUUGAGUCCAACCCAUCCGCAUAACUAUUUUUCCGUCUAAAUCGAGGCCGAGACGAGGAUCAAAACGAAAAUAUUUUUUUAUGAAUUCCAUUUGGUGAUGCUCGCGAACGGCGCAUUUAUUGAAUAAAUGUCGGAACACAAACGAUAUUAUGAUGAAAGCGAACAUUUACAUUCAAAUACAAUUAUACCUACGCUAUAUAUGUACACCGAAACUGAUCGGAA